AUGACUUUUUUGAACCACACUCACCCUUCAGUGCCACAUUACGAUUCAUCGGAGUGGGAUUGGUUAAGAGGAGCUCUAGCUACUAUAGACAGAGACUAUGGUAUGCUAAAUAGGGUAUUCCACAAUGGUCCAGAUACUCAUGUUUUGCAUCAUCUAUUCUCAACCAUACCACAUUAUCACGCGAUGGAGGCAACCAAAGCUAUCAAGCCGUUACUAGGAGAAUACUACCAAUUUGAUGGUACCCCUGUUUAUACGGCAUUGUGGAGGGAGUCAAGGGAGUGCAUUUAUGUGGAGAAAGAUGAAGGACGUCAAGAUAAUGGUGUUUUUUGGUUUAAAAACAAGCUCUAA